CGCUGCUAGUAGCACUCAUGACGGUGCAGGCAGUUCUCUUACGUCUCCUCCUACUCCUCCUGAGCCCAAGCCGGAGGCUCGGCGACGACACAGUGGCUGAGGACAUUAGUGCACACCAGCUGGGUCGUCUGGUGGAGCUGCUGACCUCCAGCGAGUGUGAGGACCUCCUGUCUGCCCUCUCCCACCCAGAGGAGAACAUCUUUCAGCGGCUCAACCGUCUCUCCCUGGAGAACAACCAACUGGACCUCCAGAAGAGAAUCAAGAGGGACACUGGCAGGGACAGCGAGGCUCAGUGCAGGACAGCUCUGACAAACUGGCUGCUGAAGCACGGAGAACAGACAUACUACGACAGGCUGUCUCGCGCCCUGCAGCAAGUCGGGCGGACAGACAUCGCCAUAGAGAUGGGGAAGAAUAUCAACCAGGACAAAACAUUGAGUUUGAUGAAGUAUGUGGAGGAGUAUCAUCAGACAGUCAACGCCAUAGAAUCUCCUCUGGUCCAGUCUGAGAAGGAAAAACCCCACAAAGACGCGCAACCUCAAGCAAGGCAUGUAAGAAAUAUUCCAGUUAGGGAUCUGAAGUGGAGUGACCUUGAACUGGUGGUGGAGAGAGCUCCUGUCCAACCGUACCAGCGGCGCCUACUGAAUGGCGCGUGGCCCCUGGUUUACGGAGUCCUGCUAGGCUUCACCGGGGCCUUUGUCAUCGUCAUCCCCAUCCUCCUCUUCCUGCUGCAUAUCUCCCACGGCGACCACGGGAAGCUAAUCCACCACGCUGGCGAGACCACGGGUCCAUCAUCAUUGUUGCCACACGAACGCUAUCAUCAUUCAAGCCAGGAUCACAAAACGUUGGCUGAGGCUGGAGAAUGUGGUAGCUGCGGAAAUGGCCCCUACAAGCCGAAAAAAGUCAUUCGGAGUCUAGAAAUUCCAGGCAGGGCCUUGGUCAUCUAG